UGUGUGUGUACGAUGGAAUCUUUAGAUUACUCUUUGACAAAGUUAGAUUCAUAAAACGCUCUUAAGUGCGCGCGUGUGUGUAUUUGUGUGUGUUCAUAUGAUUAAGUUAAUAAUUUUAUAGUCUUGACGUACGAUCAUGUUUAUAAUAAAAAGAGAGAACAGUGACGAUGACGCAUUAUCUUAUCUUUUUGAUAGGACAUCAAAAGGAAACUAGAGCAUGACAGCAAUAGUAGUGAUAAUGAUCAUUCUUUGGUCAGAACGAUCUAUGCUCGAAUUGAUGAGUGCAAAGAUGACAUAAAGAAGAGAGAAUGUUAUAGCUUUAUGCUUGAAUAUAUCCUAAAGACGAUCCCUAACGAUAUACUUACUGACAUCCAUUUCAAGCUAUCCUGUAUUGAACCUCGUAUAAACUAUUUACAUAAACCUACUGUCUUUUCGUUCAGUUUAAAGAUAUUACACCAAGCACUCAAUGAUAUCGAAGUUUAUCAUUUGCUUUACUCUAUCAUAGAACAAUGUGAACCGACUGUAGAAGAUUGGCUUCGUGAGUUGGCAGAUGUUCAAAAGACAAGACAGAUAAUACUGGAAUUUGAACGACUAGUCGAUAUGUAUCUUUAUGUACCUACUGCAAAUAAUAAAGCAGUAGUAGAAAAGUUUAUAAGACAGAAUAGUCAAGUAACAGAUGAACUGGUUUCAAGGCUCAAAGUGUUCAACGCUCUUUAUGGGACAGAAGUCAUACCUUUGGCAAUAGGCGGUAAUAGUGACAAGCUUCAAGGUAAUACAUUGAUUAAGAGUCAUCUUUAUGUGUCAGUGCCAGCGCUAGCGGUAAGUAAAAAAAAAAAAAAAAAGAUAUGACAUUUGUACGCCAAGCCCAAGCAUAACUCGGAUCGUCACUUGGCUAUUAUAUAGGAGAUGGUCAAAAAGUUACACAACAUCAGAUUGUUUGAAUUGCAGUUGGACCUUAUUGAGCACAGUUUAUGGGAGAAGCAG